AAAUUUUCAGAAUCCAUUGUAAAUGAAAGGUAGGGAUCAUAGUCAUACCUAGGGAAAGCCAUAGCGUACCAUCUGUAAUCUCUAGUACUGUUGGCUUCUUGCUGUUAUCCCCCACGUUUGGAUAGCUCUGGUGGACAGCAGUCAUUACGUAUCACAAGAAAGUGUCUACACCACCUUUCCUACAACAUAUUUCUUGGUCCUCACAGGAAGCUUUUCCUUCCGGCCUACUUUCUUUCCUUCGCUUUCUCCUCCUGAAAAAAUCACGGAUUCUACUGGUUCAUAGCGCUAAAGCUCGCUUCUUUCGAGAUGGGUCUCUGGGAUUCCUUUCUCAACUGGCUCCGGAGCUUAUUCUUUAAACAGGAAAUGGAACUUUCUCUCGUUGGCCUUCAGAAUGCAGGAAAGUCAUCUCUUGUUAAUGCCAUUGCUACAGGGGGUUACAGUGAGGACAUGAUUCCAACUGUUGGAUUCAAUAUGCGAAAAGUUACUAAGGGAAAUGUGACAAUCAAGCUUUGGGACCUUGGAGGGCACAGGAGGUUUCGUACAAUGUGGGAGCGUUACUGCCGUGGUGUCUCUGCGAUUCUAUAUGUAGUAGAUGCUGCUGAUAGAGACAGUGUUCCCAUAUCUCGAACUGAGCUACAUGACCUCUUGAUGAAACCAUCAAUAAGUGAAAUUCCUUUACUUGUUCUUGGCAACAAAAUUGACAAGUCAGAAGCUCUUUCCAAGCAAGCGUUGGUGGAUCAGCUAGGCCUCGAAACUAUUAAAGACAGAGAAGUGUGCUGCUAUAUGAUCUCAUGCAAGGAUUCGAUAAACAUAGAUGUUGUCAUUGAUUGGCUAAUCAAGCACUCAAAAACAACAAAAUGAUUUAUGGGUCGACUUUCUUUGGUGUUCAGAUGAAGACUGAGGAUUCUUUUCCUCCAUUGCGUUGAAGCUGUGCCCCAUAUAAGUGCUAUGUACAGUACUUUGAUUAUUAGAGCCAGUCUUUUGUGCGUUAUCUGUUUUCCUUUAACAGCAGUACUGUUUCUUUCCUAUUGUUUCUGAGUUUUUCCGAGGAUAGAUUAGGCUCCGUUUGGAUGUUGAGUUGAGUUGAGAUGAGUUGAGUUCUUUAUGAAUAGUAAUGAGUUUUGUGGGGCUCACCUAAGAUGAGUUUAGACGUAUUUAGAUGUUGAGAUAAGUUUAGAUAUAUUUAUGGGAAAUUGAAAAAGGUUGUGGGUCCCGCGUGUAAAGAAGUGUUAAGUUAAAAAUAGUUGUGAGUCUCACGAGUAAAGAGGUUUUGAGUUGAGAUGAAUUUAAUGAUUUGAGAGUUUGGUGUUUGGAUAUUAGAUUCAGCUUAAAAUUAGACUGAACUCUAAGUUCCAAUUAUCACAAUUGUUCUCAUUCGUGAAAUGUUUUAUGAUGAUCAGGAUCAUGAAA